CACGUAUAUCUCCCAUGCGAGGAGAUGAUGAAUACACACAGAAGAACAGAGAGGUUACGAAAAUCUGUAUUUUUCUUCACGAUCGGAUUAAUAUGUGGUGUGCUCAUAUUCCAUACUUACUUAAAACAAUAUGGUUGCCUUGUGGAUUUAACAGCUGCUGGUAUUCAAAUGACACCAACAAUAUUCGUUGGAAUCAUAAGACAUAAACAUGAUGUGAAUGAAACAUUGCUGAAGAUGCUGAAGAUGCUGCAGAAUGACAAGGUAGAUGUCACAGCUCUAGUCUGCCAGGAGGAUGGUGAGGUAGAACGUUCUUCAGACCUUUCAGGAUGCACACAGCAGCUGUACCAGCAUCAGAAUAUGUAUGAAUGGUUCGUGUUGACACCUGAUGUCGUCAACGUCGACGUUCUGUCGUCACUACUGUUGUCGCUUCCUCAUCAGGUCCCGGUAUCCAUCGUCCAUCCGCAGUGUCCGAGCCUGUUUAACCUACCUCACCAGUCCCAUGUCCUUAUAUUGAACCAGGCAGCACUUACCCUACUACUGAGGCACCGUAUGGGGAUCGACAGUACUGCCAUGUGUGAUGCGUUGAUGCAAGAAACAGUUAACCUAACUUUGGAAAAGGUUGCAGCUCUGUAUGGAGGGGAGCCGAGGAGAUUCAACGAAUGUUUUUGACAAAAUACUUCCUACAUUGCUAGAAGAGAACAUCUAUGCUGUGGCGAUAAGACAUCUCCAAGCGAGACUCCGACAACUUCAAUUUCGAACUGUUUUCCUAACACAAGCCAUCAGCUUUAUUGACAUAACCCAGUCAUCAGAUCAACCAUUGUUACCCAUCGAUCCAAGGCAUAUACGAGAAGGCGGAUAUCAACUGAAAGAAUGGGAUUUUAUAAACGCAUCCCGAGUUCAUUCUCUCUCAAACAGCAAUGCGCAGCCCACAGAAUCUGUCUACAAUAGAGGACGAAGGCUCAUUCUAAACAAAUCGCUAAACGUUGUUAUCAACGUCUUUUCCGGUACCCAACCUGCCUGCAUCUAUCAAAGAGUAGUUGUCGGGAGAGCAGUAGAACAUAUAAUGAUCCACAGCCAGAGAGAAAGCACUUUUCCACGCAACUACAAAACCGUUCAACGUUUCAAUACACCAAGAUUCCAAGAAAUAAAACCACAAAGAGACAUCGAUCUGGUUAUAGUGCUCCCCUUGUUUAAAAGGUCUGCAGAUUUUAUCCGUUUUAUCAAACGGUUAAGGUCAGUAGCUUUGGAUUUCAAAGGGUUUCUUAUGUUAAAUAUCGUGUUAUUCCGAGACAAAAAGGGGGAACACAUACGAACUUUAGACGCUGCUGUCCCAUCGACUGAUAGCCUUGUCGUCAAGGUUAUC